CCCGAGCUUGUAGCCACGACAGGGGACUCUGUUGUGUUCUUGCUCUGUGUUUAGGGAAUUCGGGGUUCCAGAGAUUUAGAGCAGAAAAGAUGUCUCAGAGGCCGACUCCGAGGUGGAAGUCUUCCCUGGAGGCACUUUGAGAGGGAAUGGGUACCCGUGGGCGUGUCUGGAUUGACACUUCUCGGGCGUCAGCCUUCCAGUUGGUCUGCUCCGGGGGCCUCAGCCGUCGCAGCCACCCCCGCUGGGUGGGACUAACCCCCACCGUCCUCUCCUCCUCCAAUUUGUUUUGAGCUUUAGAUUUUUGUGUAGCCACUUCCAAGAAAAUCUUGUUCGUCAAACUCGGGCCGCCCCUUAAUAUCGCCCCCCUAAAUAACAAAACGCCUUCUUUUGACCUGUAUUUUUCUCUAAAAUGCACCAUCACCUCUUGGGGCACCCGGGUUUAACAGAGUAGGUGACUAGGCUUUCUCUGCCCAGGGAUUACCCCAGAGGUGGCCCUGCCCUGUUGAAUGAUCCACCUUAUUCUUCCCUCAUAACACCCCCACUGUGGUUAAUUCUUAGUGACUGGUUUUCCCUGUUGCUGUUCUCGCCCGCACUCAUCUUUCUACUCUUGGAGUAAAUUGCUUGGGGCAAUUGAGUCACGCAACUCAAAAAAUCUCAUCAGUGAAAAAUAAUCUCAUCAGUGAUUCCCUAUUAGGGAAUAAAGCGUGAAUGCCCUCGACUUGAUCAGCUUUCCCAAGUUUGUCCUCUACCUCUGCUUCAGCCAGCCAGUCUUGCUCUCCAUUCCUCACAAGGGCCUGGUACUUUCUUUGGGGCUGACCUUUCCUAGCUCCUGUUCUUUUCUCUGCUACCUGAGAAAUAACCCCUCCCUGUUCAGAUUACUUUUUUCAAGAAUCAGUUAAGGAUAUAUGCUUGCUUUAGCCCCUAACCUUGCCUUGAAACCUGAAUUCUAAUUCUAUUCAUUCAGCUAUUGCUGUUGAGUGCUUUAGGCUCUGGGCUGGCAGGCCUGACUUUUAAGAGGGUGCUUUUCUACUCGGGGCUGGCAAGAGAUGUCCUGGAGUCAGAGGCCUGACGGAAGUGAGGGGAAUCCUGACCACUUUGGGCAGCAGAAACAGCAGGCACAGGGUGAUGGAGCUCAAAUCAUCAACUGACCGUGGAUAAACUGGUAUGCCUGUACAGGGGAAUGUUCAACUCUGACAAGGAAUGAGCACCAUGGCAGAACAAGAUGUGGAAAAUGAGCUUCUGGAUUAUGAGGAAGAUGAAGAGCCCCAGGCUCCUCCAGAGAGCACUCCUGCUCCCCCCAAGAAAGAUGUCAAGGGUUCCUACGUUUCCAUCCACAGCUCUGGCUUCCGGGACUUUCUGCUGAAGCCGGAGCUCCUGAGGGCCAUAGUGGACUGUGGCUUUGAGCAUCCAUCUGAGGUCCAGCACGAGUGUAUUCCCCAAGCCAUCCUGGGCAUGGACGUCCUGUGCCAGGCCAAGUCUGGGAUGGGCAAGACUGCGGUCUUCGUACUGGCCACCCUGCAGCAGAUUGAGCCAGUUAAUGGACAGGUGACAGUCUUGGUCAUGUGCCACACACGGGAGCUAGCCUUCCAGAUCAGCAAAGAGUAUGAACGCUUCUCCAAGUACAUGCCCAGUGUCAAGGUGUCUGUGUUCUUUGGGGGCCUUUCUAUCAAGAAGGAUGAAGAGGUAUUGAAGAAGAACUGUCCUCAUGUCGUGGUGGGGACACCAGGCCGGAUCCUGGCGCUAGUGCGGAACCGGAGCCUGAACCUGAAGAACGUGAAGCACUUCGUGCUGGAUGAGUGUGACAAGAUGCUGGAGCAGCUGGACAUGCGGCGGGACGUGCAGGAGAUCUUCCGCUUGACACCCCAUGAGAAGCAGUGCAUGAUGUUUAGCGCCACCCUGAGCAAGGAGAUCAGGCCGGUCUGCAGGAAGUUCAUGCAAGAUCCCAUGGAGGUGUUUGUAGACGACGAGACCAAGCUCACACUGCAUGGACUGCAGCAGUACUACGUCAAGCUCAAGGACAGUGAGAAGAACCGCAAGCUCUUCGACCUGUUGGAUGUGUUGGAGUUUAACCAGGUGGUGAUCUUUGUGAAGUCCGUGCAACGCUGCAUGGCCCUGGCCCAGCUCCUCGUGGAGCAGAACUUCCCGGCCAUUGCCAUCCACAGGGGCAUGGCCCAGGAGGAGCGUCUGUCGCGCUAUCAGCAGUUCAAAGACUUCCAGCGGCGGAUCCUGGUGGCCACCAAUCUGUUUGGCCGAGGGAUGGACAUUGAGCGAGUCAACAUCGUCUUCAACUAUGACAUGCCUGAGGACUCGGACACCUACCUCCACCGAGUGGCCCGUGCAGGUCGCUUUGGGACUAAAGGUCUGGCUAUUACUUUCGUGUCUGACGAGAAUGAUGCAAAAAUCCUCAAUGACGUUCAGGACCGGUUUGAAGUGAAUGUGGCAGAACUUCCUGAAGAAAUUGACAUCUCCACGUAUAUUGAGCAGAGCCGGUAACCACGUGCCUGAUGGCCAGAGCGGCCCUGUUCCCUGAGUGCUGCUGCCAGCCCUCUUCCUAGGCGUCAGUGAGCCUUCCUUUUUACUGUUUAAAAGAUGUAGAUUUGUGUAAGAGUAAAGUUUUAUUACGGAA